AUGACGUCACAUUUAGACGAAGUAAUGUACGUAAAUAAUCCAAUAGAAGCUGGAUUACCCGGUCACUGGGUACCUUUGAGCGUUAUCAAAAGGGUUUUAGAAAUGCGUGCAUCCGCAGUUAAUUACCGGACAACACCACGUAAAGUUAAAUUAAAACAUUUGACAAUACCUUUAUCACACUUUAAGACGAGAAAACAUAAAGCUAAAAGUAAACAUAAUUUGAUAACUAUAUCACAAGACACUAAUUCGCCAAAUGAUAGCGAGUUAACUGGAAAAAGCACAAAAAUCGAACCAGAAAUUUUAAAUAACAUUGAGACAAAAACUAAAGGACUAGAAGAUACAAUAACAGAAAGAGCAAUAACAACUAAUGAAAACAUAGAUCCUAAUGCCUUACCUAGUUCAUUAAGUUCUGUAACAACUGAUUUUAACAAUAGAGAUACUGGUUCAACAACCUUACGUGCUACGACUGUACCAACGACCAGACCAUCCACAAAGGGAACUAUUGAAGUUAUCGAAGUCACCAAUCAAUUAGAUAACCUAACAACCGCAGCUAAAACUACAUGCACUUCAUUAGUUUUAUCAACAACUACAUCCACGCCUGUACCACUUAAAAGUUCAACCAACGAAGUUUCUUCAACAUUGGAAACAUCGACUGCAAACACAACUACGACUUCUGAACCAAUUACAACCACUAUUCCAAAUAUACCAGAUACUACUAAAUCGACUACAGGCACUAUUGCAACUAUAAAAGAUACAACUAAACCGACUACCGGCACUACUGCAACUAUAAAAGAUACAACUAAACUGACUAUAGGCACUACUGCAACUAUAAAAGAUACAACUAAAGUAACUACAGGCACUACUGCAACUGUACCAGAUACUUCUGAAUCGGUUACAAGCACUACCACGAUUGUAACAAUAUCUGAAUCAACAACUACAACUUUAAUUAUGACAUCCACACAAUCCACAGUAAUAACUACAGAAGAUUCAUCAGAACGAUCUGAUACUGGGAAUCCGUUUUAUUAA